GGAAGAGGCGGCCCUCCCUGAGUUGGAGGAGGCCUCCCUGAGGAAAAAGAGACACCCCCCCUCCCCGAGGAGGAGGAGGAGGCGACGAUGGCGAUCGCCCACCUGGCCACCGAGUACGUGUUCUCGGACUUCCUGCUGAAGGAGCCUCCGGAGCGCAAGUUCAAGGGCCUGCGGCUGGAGCUGGCCGUCGACAAGAUGGUCACCUGCCUGGCCGUCGGGCUGCCCCUGCUGCUCAUCUCGCUGGCCUUCGCCCAGGAGAUCUCCAUCGGGACCCAGAUAAGCUGCUUCUCUCCGAGCACUUUCUCGUGGCGCCAGGGAGCAUUCGUGGACUCCUACUGCUGGGCCGCCGUCCAACAGAAGCAUUUUUCCCAGAGCGACGCGGGCAACCUUCCCCUCUGGCUGCACAAGUUCUUCCCAUACAUUCUGCUGCUGGUGGCCAUCCUGCUGUACCUGCCCAGCCUGUUCUGGCGCUUCACAGCGGCGCCUCACCUCUGCUCCGACAUGAAGUUCAUCAUGGAGGAGCUCGACAAGGUGUACAACCGAGCCAUCAAGGCGGCCAAGAGCUUCCGCGACAUCGACGUGCGCGACGCGGCCGGCUCCGUCCUGGCCCUGCACGACAACGGGGGCCAAAGUGGGUGGGAGAUACCCGAAAACCACUUCAAAUACCCCAUCGUGGAACAGUACUUGAAGACAAAGAAGCGGUCCAAAAACUUAAUCGUCAAGUACCUCCUGUGCCGCGUGCUGACGUUCCUGAUCAUCCUGCUGGCGUGCGUCUACCUGGGCUAUUACAUCAGCCUGUCCUCGCUGUCCGACGAGUUCGUCUGCAGCAUCAAGUCGGGCAUCUUGAGAAACGACAGCACCGUCCCCGAACAGUUCCAGUGCAAGCUGGUGGCCGUCGGCGUGUUCCGGCUGCUCAGCUUCCUCAACCUCGUGGUGUACGUGGCCCUGGCCCCCGUCGUGGUGUACACCCUCUUCGUCCCCUACCGCCAGAAGACCGACGUCCUCAAGGUCUACGAGAUCCUGCCCACCUUCGACGUGCUGCGCUUCAAGUCGGAGCGGUACGACGACCUGAGCCUCUACCACCUCUUCCUGGAAGAGAACAUCAGCGAGCUCAAGUCGUACAAGUGCCUCAAGGUGCUGGAGAACAUCAAGGGCAGCGGGCCGGGGGUCGACCCCAUGAUCCUGCUGACCAACCUCGGCACCGUCAAGACCGACGUCGUGGACGGGAGGGAGAGCAAGUCCGGGGAGGAGGCCGAGCCCCAGCCCGCCGCCACCGGCCCCGGGGAACUCAGAGUUUUGACAGACCAGGACCUGAGCAACGAGACAAAGGCGAAUAAUGAAGAGGUCAAGAUCCGCCAACGCCUGCUCGAUUCUUCCUGAUGAUCAUUCCUCCGACCUUCCGCUGCGGACCUUUUAAUGAUGAGAGAGAGAGAGAGAGCGAGAAAGAGAAUUGUUUUGCUAAUAACAGACCUCGAAGCAAAGGAACGGGGAGUCCCGCCCCCCACCUUUGAGAGGUUGCUUAAUAACUGUGGGGGAUGUCAAUGAAUCCCUCUUAAUGAAGGCUCCAUUUUCCUAGAGAAAAAUGGUCGGUGACCUGAGCCUCGGACAAAAUGGUGAAAAUGAGGCAGCGGAGAGACAGCACCAAGGCGGGGCCUGGGGAAAGUCUUUCUGUCGGCAUCUGUAGUAAGCGCCAGGAGGUGCUUACUACAUCCUCUGAUUGCUGGAAAAACCCCCAACAGGGUUCGGAGGAGACGUUAUCACUGCAGGUACUUUGGCUUUCUUGCUUCCCACAGAGUCUGAAAGAUUGGGGCCGUUGGGCUCCAGGGCUGCUGAGCUGUCUUCACUCAGGGUUCCUUCAUUGGCCCCCGGCCCCUCCCUCUGGGGUGAGAAGGUGGGUGAUGUGAAAAGCCACAUUUUAUCUGUUCAUGUCACAUUACAUGGUUUUAGCGGAAGGGAAGCAAUUCUUGCCUCAGUGGAAAAAAAAAAUUUUCAGAAAAAAAAAAAUCAUUCUAAGGUACCGGAGAAACAACUCCAAAAAAGCCAGUGGCUUUCAGUCACUUUUUUUUCUUUUAUUUUAAAGGUUAAAGAGGAAAAGGUGGGAAUGAAUUUUUAAUCAGAACUCUGAUCGUACACAUAUUUUCAUGGGG